AUGUACAGCAGAAGAGCUUCACUCAUUGCUCUCAAAUCUCUUCAGCCCCUCUUGAAGUUACGCAGAGCAAACGCACCGGAGUUUCCAUGUCCGGUCGCCGUGCUCGAUUUUGUUCGAAAUCUCGGAACUGCCACCGAAAGGUCAGAUAUUUACAUCAAUUUGGACGUGGGUUUUGUCGAAAAUCAAGCGUUUGAGAGCAGUUACAAUCAGAGUGGCUCGCGUAGAAAUUUGGGUGGAAUCGAGGGAAUUCAAAACCCUAGCCGGGUUUAUGGGCAAAACCCGAAUGGGCGAUACGGUGAUUCGACGGCCGAAAGCUCCGGCCUUUUCAACACUAAUCAGAGCAGCCAGCAUAAUCAAAACCCUAAUCGGCAUUACGGACAUUUUGAUAUGCAGCCUGGUAAUUUGGAAUCUUCGGAAAAUGGGCUGGUGAAUGCGAAUUAUGAUAAUGGUCAGGGUAAUUUUGGGGUUUAUUCAGGUGAAAAUGGAAAUAUGUUGGGGCAAAAUGUUUAUAAUCCGUCCAUGUAUCAGCAAAAUGUAGCUGGGCAGUUUCAUAAUAACGAUCCUCAAGCUCAGCCUGGUAGUAGGCUGGUGGAUCUUGAUGAUUUCACAAAAGAAGGAAAAGUGGAAGAAGCUGUAAAGCUUCUGGCCGAGCUACGAAACGAGGGCGUUCAUAUCGACCUGCCUCGUUACACGGCGCUGAUGAAGGCGUGUGGAGAAAACGAGGCUCUGGAAGACGCCAAAUCCGUGCACGAGCACCUCACGAGCUCGGGGGAGAAUCUUGAAAUCUGGACGUACAAUUUGAUAAUGGACACAUACUUGAAAUGCGGGUCCACAAACGAUGCAUUCUCAGUGUUCAAUCAAAUGCCCAAACGUAAUCUCACGUCCUGGGAUGUCAUGAUCUCGGGCCUUGCCAGAAAUGGCUACGGAGAAGAAUCUACCAUCCUCUUUUCGGACUUCAAAAGCUACGGAUUGAAGCCCGACGGGCAGUUUUUCAUUGGCGUUUUCCAAGCGUGUGGUGUGUUGGGCGAUACUGUCGAAGGCAUGUUGCACUUUGAGUCGAUGAAGGAUGAUUACGGUAUUGCCCCCACCAUGGAGCAUUACGUGGGCAUAGUCGACAUGUUUGGGAAUGCGGGCUUCUUGGACGAGGCACUAGACUUUAUCGAGACACUGAAACUCGAACCAAGUGUGGAAAUUUGGGAAACCCUUUUGAAAUACUGCAGAAUUCAUGGGAACACCGAGCUCGGGGACCGUUGUGUCGAGCUCAUCGAUCUAGCAGAUCCCACACGUCUUAACGAUCAGCAUCGGGCCGGGCUUAUACCGGUGGACCCCUCUGAGAUCGCUAGAGAGAAAGAAAAACGGAAGCUAAAAAAGGGCCAGAAUCCCCUGGAACUCAGGAGCAGGACCCACGAGUAUGUGGCUGGGGACCGGUCCCACCCGGACCACGAGAGGGUUUACGCUUUGCUCAAGGGUCUGAAGGAGCAGAUGAAGGAGGCAGGUUACGUGCCAGAACUCAGAUUUGUGCUUCACGACGUGGACCCGGAGGUGAAGGAGGAGGCCCUCAUGGCCCAUAGUGAGAGGCUAGCGGCUGGUCAGGGUUUAUUGAACAGCCCGGCCCGUGCUCCGUUACGUGUGAUCAAGAACCUGCGUUCUUGUGUGGACUGCCAUAACGCGUUCAAGAUUAUAUCCAAAAUUGUGGGGCGGGAGAUUAUCGCUCGGGAUGCAAAGAGGUUUCAUCAUUUUAAGGACGGGACAUGUAGUUGUAACGAUUACUGGUGA